AUGGCAAGCAACGACAUGCCCCCAGCCAAAAGGCUGAAGAGCUCCAACCUACCGCCACCGCUUCGCGACGCGAAGCGCAAAGAUAUCGACAACUGGGAAACGAAUCGAAUGCUUACGUCUGGAGUCGCCCAACGACGAGACUUCGAUGCAGAUUUUAUGCCCGAAGAUGAGGAGGGUACUCGUGUGCAUUUGCUCGUUCAUGACCUCCGCCCGCCUUUCCUCGAUGGCCGCACGAUCUUUACCAAGCAGCUGGAGCCUAUUUCAGCCGUACGUGAUCCGCAGAGUGAUAUGGCUGUGUUCAGUCGGAAAGGGAGCAAGGUUGUGCGGGAACGUCGUCAACAGAGAGAGCGACAGAAACAAGCGCAAGAGGCGACGACAAUGGCGGGGACGGCACUUGGGAAUUUGAUGGGGGUGAAGGAAGACGAAGGUGACAGCGCUGUCGCUAUGCCUGUGGAGGAAACGUAUAAACAUGGGAAUAAAUUUGCACAGCAUUUGAAGAAAGAUGAGGGUGGUCAGAGCUCAUUUAGCAAGAGCAAAACGCUUCGCGAGCAGAGAGAAUACUUACCGGCAUUUGCCGUCAGAGAAGAUCUAUUACGAGUCAUACGGGAUAACCAGGUGAUUGUGGUUGUUGGCGAGACAGGAUCGGGAAAAACAACCCAAUUGACGCAGUUCCUGCACGAAGACGGCUAUUCGAAGUUUGGCAUGAUCGGCUGCACACAACCUCGUCGAGUGGCUGCCAUGAGUGUCGCGAAGCGUGUUAGUGAGGAAAUGGAAGUCGAUCUAGGUGAUCUGGUCGGUUAUGCUAUUCGAUUUGAAGACUGUACGACCGAUAAGACGGUCAUCAAGUAUAUGACCGAUGGUGUUCUUCUACGAGAGUCGCUAGCCCAACCUGACCUUGACAAAUACUCAUGCAUCAUCAUGGAUGAGGCGCACGAAAGAGCCUUAAAUACCGACGUACUGAUGGGGCUGCUGAAGAAGGUAUUAGCUCGGAGAAGAGACCUGAAGUUGAUCGUCACCUCAGCCACGAUGAAUGCAGAACGCUUUUCAAGAUUUUUUGGUGGUGCUCCAGAAUUUAUUAUCCCUGGAAGGACAUUUCCGGUAGAUGUCCACUUUUCCCGUACGCCCUGUGAAGAUUACGUCGAUAGUGCGGUCAAGCAGGUCUUGGCUAUCCAUGUUUCUCAGGGUCCCGGCGAUAUCCUUGUCUUCAUGACAGGACAGGAGGAUAUUGAAGCGACUUGCGAGUUGGUCGAUGAGCGAUUGAAGCUGUUGAACGACCCACCAAAACUUAGCAUAUUACCCAUUUACAGUCAAAUGCCAGCAGAACAGCAGGCGAAGAUUUUCGAAAAAGCGGCCCCAGGUGUACGGAAGGUGAUCGUUGCCACGAACAUUGCCGAAACCAGCUUGACGGUGGAUGGUAUCAUGUAUGUCGUUGAUGCCGGAUUUUCGAAGCUGAAAGUCUACAACCCCCGGAUGGGUAUGGAUACACUGCAGAUCACGCCGAUCUCACAAGCCAAUGCCAAUCAGCGUUCCGGACGUGCGGGACGGACAGGGCCUGGCAAGGCAUAUCGUCUCUACACCGAGGUGGCAUACAAAAAUGAGCUGUAUCUGCAAACUAUACCGGAAAUCCAGCGUACCAGCUUGUCCAACACGGUUCUUCUUCUCAAGUCUCUUGGAGUGAAGGACCUUUUAGACUUCGACUUCAUGGAUCCGCCGCCACAGGAAACUAUCUCAACGUCACUAUUCGAACUCUGGUCCUUAGGCGCGCUGGAUAACCUUGGUGAUCUCACGCCGUUGGGACGUCAGAUGACACCAUUCCCCAUGGACCCGCCGCUCGCCAAGCUUCUCAUAACGGCCGCCGAAGAUUACAGUUGCAGUGAGGAAAUGCUGACGAUCGUGUCUAUGUUGUCCGUGCCGAGUGUCUUCUACCGUCCCAAAGAGCGCAUGGAAGAGUCGGAUGCAGCCCGUGAGAAAUUCUUCGUUCCCGAAUCGGACCACUUGACGCUUCUCCAUGUUUAUACCCAGUGGAGAACCAACGGCUAUUCAGAUGGCUGGUGUAUUAAACACUUUCUUCACUCGAAGGCCCUGCGACGAGCUAAGGAGGUUCGCGAACAGCUUCAUGACAUCAUGACGGUGCAGAAGAUGCCGCUCGUCAGCUGCGGAACCGACUGGGAUGUGAUCCGCAAAUGCAUUUGCUCUGGAUUCUACCACCAAGCUGCCAAGGUGAAGGGUAUCGGCGAGUUCAUCAACCUGCGAACCAGUGUGACCAUGCAGCUGCACCCAACCAGCGCGCUGUACGGUCUGGGAUAUGUGCCCGAAUAUGUGGUCUACCACGAAUUGAUCUUAACCAGCAAGGAGUACAUGUCCACUGUCACUGCCGUGGAUCCCCACUGGCUCGCUGAACUCGGAGGCGUCUUCUACUCUGUCAAAGAGAAAGGAUACUCGCAGCGGGAACGCCGCGUAACAGAACUCGAAUUCAAUCGCCGCAUGGAGAUCGAGACCCAGAUCGCCGCAGACCGGGAGCGGGCUGCAGCAGAAAAGCAAAGAGAAAUCGAACGGAACGACCCCUUAAGACGGAAAAAGGAAGUCGAGGUGGGAGGUUCUGCCGUGCGACGUCCAGCCAUCACCGGUAAAAAGAUCGGGGGUGUCACAGCAUCGUCCACCUCGCGGAAUGGCUCUGGUGGUGGUGGUGGCAGUGUGGUCAAGAAACCACAGGUGAAGAGACGGCCCGGACGAGCAUUUUAG